GAGGCGCUCAGCGCCAAAGUGAACUAAGCGACAAUUUGGAGAUUUGCUGAAUACGCUCUUAAAUGAGUCCAUAUUUUUUAUACUAUAAUGCCAUAGAAGUCUAACAGACAAAAAUGUAGUGGGGAAUUUUUCAUCAACAGUUAUUUAGUUUGGCACCAAUGUCAACCUCUGAUACGUUCCAUGCCAAACUGACUUAAGCGACGAAUACAUUGUGUUUUUUAAAUAGGCUUGUGAAGUGAUUUUUUACAUGCGACUUUUGGUGGUUAAAAUACAAGGAAAAUGUUUCGUAAAAGAACAAUAAAAAUGGUAGAGAAGUGUACUGAUGUGUUACAAACUGAGGCUAAUAGCAAAGACACAAUACAAGAUGAAAAAAUAAUCGAAGUUAGCAUCAAUAAACUGCCAAUACCAGGAUCUAAUAACAGCUUUGACAAAAAUAAGAAAAUAUUUAUUAAUCAAAGUUCUGAAAAUCCUAACAUUGAAGACAGUCAAGAAACUUCUGUUAGUUUACUUGCUUUUGAACACUCUUAUAGUAGGCCUAUUUUGACUGGUUUAAAAGAGCUAGACAACGUAGAUACUAAAAAUGAUGUUCAUGAUGAAAACAAUGUAAACAUAUUAAAUGAAGGUGAAAUAAUAGAUGCUGAGAAUCAUGAAAAGAAUGAAGAUAACUUGAUUAUUAUUGAUGAAAGAUCUUUCGAAGUUUUUCAAGAGCUAGACAACGUAGAUAUUAAUAUAAAUGAUGUUCAUGAUGAAAGCAAUGUAAACAUAUUAAAUGAAGGUGAAAUAAUAGAUGCUGAGAAUCAUGAGAAGAAUGAAGAUAACUUGAUUAUUAUUGAUGAAAGAUCUUUCGAAGUUUUUCAAGAGCUAGACAACGUAGAUAUUAAUAUAAAUUAUGUUCAUGAUGAAAACAAUGUAAACAUAUUAAAUGAAGGUGAAAUAAUAGAUGCUGAGAAUCAUGAGAAGAAUGAAGAUAACUUGAUUACUAUUGAUGAAAGAUCUUUCGAAGUUUUUCAAGAGCUAGACAACGUAGAUAUUAAUAUAAAUGAUGUUCAUGAUGAAAACAAUGUAAACAUAUUGAAUGAAGGUGAAAUAAUAGAAGCUGAGAAUCAUGAAAAGAAUGAAGAUAACUUGAUUAUUAUUAAUGAUGAAAGAUCUUUCGAAGUUUUUCAAGAGCUAGACAACGUAGAUAUUAAUAUAAAUGAUGUUCAUGAUGAAAACAAUGUAAACAUAUUGAAUGAGGGUGAAAUAAUAGAUGCUGAGAAUCAUGAAGAGAUACAAAAUGAUACAGAAGAACCAACCAAUUCAAGAAAAAGAAAGAGGGAUGAAAAUAAAUGGAAGAAGAAUGUACGAAAACGCCUUAGAAACAGUGGACAGGAAUAUUUGUCGGUAAAAGGAACUACAGUUAGAGAAAAGGAAUUCAGAUUUUUUGAGUGCAAAUGUAAUUUUAAAUGUAAGACAAAAUUUAUUUCCGAAAAAAGAGAAGAAAUACAUAAAUACUUUUACAAUUUGAAAGAUUGGAAAUUACAGACAAUGUACAUUCAGUCACAUGUUAAAGUGAGUGAAGUAAAGAGAAAGCGUACAAAAAAUGAAACAAGUAAGAGGAAUUUUUCACACCACUAUUUUUUCCCAAUUUCAAAUGUAAACACUAUAGAAGUUUGUAAGAAUGUUUUUAAGCAUACCCUAAGAAUAUCAGACCAAAGAAUCUCACAUGCCAUUUUAAAAACAACACCUGACGAUAUGAGAGGAAAACAUGAGCCCCAUAAUAAAACUAAAAUUUCAACUCGUGAACAUAUAAAAAUUUUUUUGAAAAAAUUCCCUGUUUAUCAGUCUCACUAUUCUCGAAAGAAAAGCCCUCAUAGGUUCUAUCUAUCACCAUCUUUAAAUAUUAAUAUUAUGUAUUCACUGUAUAAACAACACUGUAAAGACGAAAUCCCAGAGUUUGUACCAAGUAGUGAUUACGUUUUUAGAGAUGUCUUCAAUAAAGAUUUUAAUUAUCACUUUCACCCUCCUUUAAAAGACACGUGCAAAACAUGCAACUUGCUAAAAAAUAAAAUUGACUGUUCUUCUAAUGAAGUAGAAAAGUUAUCCCUUAGGGAAGAACUAGAAUCGCAUCAAAUAUUGACCGAACAAGCCAGAGAAGCAAUGAAGUCUGAUGUUGCAAUUACCAAAGCACUAAACAGUGAUUCAUUAUUAAUCUGUUUCGAUCUCAUGAAAACCCUCCCAACGCCAGAUUUAGACGUUGGGAUCUGUUACUACAAAAGGCAGUUAUGGACAUAUUUAUUAGGAAUCCAUGACAUGACAACGGAUGAAGUUAUUACAUAUUUAUGGAACGAAUCUAUAGCUUCCAGAGGCCCAGACGAAAUUGCUUCAUGCCUCAUCCACUUCUUCAAAUAUCAUGCUGGGGAUAAAUCUCAUAUAAUCAUGUAUAGUGAUCAAUGCGGUGGUCAAAACAAAAACAUAAAAUUGACAGCUAUUAUGGACUAUGUUGUAAAUAGUAACGAAUUUCAUGUGAAAAAAAUUGACCAUAAAUUUUUAAUUCCAGGCCAUACAUAUUUACCAUGCGAUCAAGACUUUGGAUUAAUAGAAAAGGCAAAGAAAUACUACAAAAAAAUUUAUCUUCCUGCAGACUGGUCUGAGGUAGUAAAGAAUGCAUGUAAAAAAAGACCUUUUAUAGUUAAUAUGAUGUCUUCUAAGAUGUUUUUCUCUUCAAAACAGCUUUUGAAGCAAAUUACUAAUAGGAAGAAAACACAAGAUGGUGAGAAGGUUGUCUGGAGAACCAUGGUUCACAUCCAAAUAAAAAAAGAUAGUAAUUUGAAAAUAUUGUACAAAACUUCUUUCAAUGAGAACAGUCAGUUCCAUGAAGUGGAUCUAAAAAAACGAGGUCCACUAAACCUUUAUUCUUCUCCUCUUUCGUUGUUGUACCCAAAUGGGCGUACAGUUGACCAGAAGAAAAUAAAAGACAUUGAAGAUCUAAUGGUAUUCAUACCCCCAAUUGCUCAAGAGUUUUACAAAAACCUCAAUACUUCUGUUGGUGUUGAAGAUAUACUGUAUACUUCAAGCAGUGAAGAUGAAAACUAAUAAUAUUAUAAUUAUUUUUGUAACUACUAUUAGAAUAAUAAAUAAUUAAUAAAAUUUUAUAAUUUUAUUAUAGUUUAAUAAUUGUAAAGUUGUUGUAGGCUAUUUUUGUUGUAUUUUAUUUUUUUUAUAGGUUUUAAAAUUUUUUCUUUGUCAUUUAUAAUGUAUUAUUUUUUUAUUUGCAUUCAUUUAUAGUAUUUUAUUAUUGACACCAUUAUUAUGCAUAGAAUGAUAGCCUAACCACCAAACUUCAGGAGGAACCAUUAUGCCAAACCAGUCUAACCACCAUUUUUCUGUUUCUUUAGAUUUACGAUUUAUUUGUAAGUUUUUGGACAAUAAAACCAAUGUGUAUUGAACA